AUGGCCGGGAGUCUCGGAAAAUGCAGCAAGAUCCGUCACAUUGUGAGGCUCAGGCAAAUGCUCCGGCGAUGGCGAAAUAAAGCCCGGUUAUCUUCGGUCAGCCGUUGUGUACCGUCGGAUGUUCCAUCAGGACACGUGGCAGUCUGUGUGGGUAGCGAUUGCAGGAGAUUUGUGGUGCGCGCGUCGUACCUGAACCAUCCGAUCCUCAGCAAUCUCCUUGUUCAAGCUGAGGAAGAGUACGGUUUCGCUAACCAAGGACCUUUGGUUAUCCCUUGUGAAGAAUCGGUUUUCGAGGAAGCGAUCCGGUUUAUUUCUCGGUCUGAUUCUUCUCGGUCAAGCCGGUUUACUUGUCCCGACGAUCUCCAGAAAUGCCAUCAUCACGGUGGUGGAAUCAAGAGCAAGCUAGAUCUGCUGAUCGAAUCUCGACCGUUGCUUCACGGCGUCGCCGAGAAAGCCAUCUGGUGA